AUUAAUUGCAGUGCAUCUUCUGGACACUGACAGAAGGUGCAGCUGUUGACUGCUCUCCACAUCAUUGUCUAAUAAAGGAAUCACCUGCUACAAACAGGAAAUGUUCAGCAGCAGUUCAGACAGCCACCCAUCAGGCUAUGACCUGGGCCCCGAGCCAAGGGACCAGGGGUCACAUGGGGGUCAUGGUCAUGGAGGAGACCAACAUGGAGGAGAUCGCCAAUUAGCAGAUCGCCAUGGAGGAGAUCACCAUGGAGACCGCCAUGGAGGAGACCAACAUGGAGGAGACCAACAUGGAGGAGAUCACCAUGGAGACCGCCAUGGAGGAGAUCGCCAUGGAGGAGAUCACCAUGGAGACCGCCAUGGAGAAGACCGCCAUGGAGGAGACCAACAUGGAGGAGAUCGCCAUGGAGGAGAUCACCAUGGAGACCGCCAUGGAGGAGAUCGCCAUGGAGGAGAUCACCAUGGAGACCGCCAUGGAGGAGAUCGCCAUGGAGACCGCCAUGGAGGAGAUCAUGAAGAUGAUCACGGGAGACGUAGUCACGACCGUGACCACGACAGCCACAGGGACAGGCACAGCCCCGAUCACCAUGGAGACCAUGAACAUGAACGUGACCACAGCCCCCGUCGUCGCCGUGGCAGCGGUGGUAGGAGCCCGGGUCGUGGCAGUGGCGGCAGCGGCAGCAGCGGUGGGAGCGGCGACAGCGGCAGUGAUGAUGAGCGCGGCGGCCAUGGAAAACAUGGGCGCAAACACAAACAUAAGCACGGGCAUGGGCGUGGUCAUGGACAAGGUCGUGGACACGGUCGUGGGGGUGGACGCUGGUAGAAAGGUGAAUACAGGCAGCAGACACACUGACCGGCGGAGGCUCUUCCUGCCUCUGUGCUCUUCUUCUGUGGUAUUUGAUGGUCUUCUUCCAUGUACUCAUACUAAACCCAUUGUUAGAACAGUAUCAGUGCUCUGCUUCCCACUGGAGCAGUGGGAAGCAGAGCACUGAUACUGCUCAAUGCUCUAAUUCUGAAAUACAUUGAAUAAAAUCUUCU